UCCGAAGUGCAGUGCCCAAAGAGGAAUUCGACAGCUAGAGGUGUGGGGCUGGUGACGUGAAGCAGACAAGUUGAUAGCCACCAGCCUUACGAGGAACAAAGAGACGAACUGCCGCUAUCGUACGCACAUCAUGACUGCUGACUGCACAGCCAGGCGCAGAUUUGCCUACGAAAUUCUCGACACAACAUUGCCGCGGUCCGAUCAUUACAACAUGAGUAUGCGCGACUACGACGCGCUCUACUACACGAUUCAUGAUGAUUGAGACUACGAACGGCUCGCCUCCACAGCGCGCAAACUCUACGAGGGAAAGAGUCAAGAGCCUGGGACGUGAAACGAAAGCAAAGACCAAGAAUCUUCUACACCUCAACAAGCAUACCCUCACUCCUGAGGAAGAAGCCACAGAGCACCUUGACGGCCACGACGAUGACCCGUAUAAAGACAUCCGUCGAGACCCGGCUUUCGACCCAUCUCAGUUGGUCUCUCAGAAGCCCAGUCUCUCCAGUCGCAUUGCUGGUGGCUUCACGAACGGCGUGAAGAUUAUCGUCCAUCCUAAGGAUGCUGCUAAGCAGAUCGCCGCCUCCAAAGCAGCCAUAAGAGACCGUCCAUACCUCUCCGAGGAAGCCGACAAAGAGUUUCUCGAUGCCCACGAGAGUCUCUCCCGAGCCAGAACAUCCGCUUCGCGUACGAACACAUCCGGUGACCAUGAAGCUGUCGAUGAUCAGAUCGAGCGUGUUCAGAGAAUAGAAGCUCUCCGUCAGAGCAGAAAGGUGGCUUGGACCUCUAGCCGUCACUUCAGACGCGCCAUCGUCUUCCCCAAACGCGAUUUCCCUACGCCUGCAAAGGACGACUUUACACAUGUCGACAACAAGACUGGCGAACGUCGUGUGCGAUACUUGGAUUGGCUGAAUGCGCGCCAGUUAAAUGCCAUGCAAAGCUUUGCUACGAAUCGCAUGGGUCAAGUUGAUUUUACCGGCCAGCCUCCGUUCGACAGAGAGACUACAUCACGCUUUGUAGAGCGCAUUCUUAUAGCCUCUUCGCCAUGGCAGACUUUCUUUCUCUCGCUCCGCAGUCUGUACCUCUGGGAGAAUCCGGCACGCACCAAAAAAUGGCUGGCUAUCUGGCUGUUUGUCUGGUACAUGGACUACUGCGUGACUUUUAUCUUGGCAUACUGUGCUGUCACGGUCUUGCAAAACAGGUUCCAGCGCAAACAAGUGGAAGAAAUGCGCGAGGCUUAUAAAGCUACACUCCAAAAAGGCAGUUCUGCUUACAAGUUUAGUGCUCUCCUCCAGGAGCACGGCUCGGACUGGAUCGACCCUGUUCUUGAAAGCGCAGGACCCAAGAUACAGUUGCAGUUGAGUGAUAUUGCAGACACUUUAGAAUCACUAAACAACUUCUAUGACUGGCGCGACCCCAAACUCACAUGGGCUACUCUUUUCUGGUUCCUAACUGCCAUCUUACUUGGUAUGUUUACACCUAGCGAGUACUCCAUCAAAAUUUGUAGCAUGUGCUGCAUCGUCAUGUUCUUUGGCUCUCGCUAUGUUGCGCACAACCACCCUGAGUACCGACAUGUUGUCAAUAGUUUCAACUACAUCUUCUGGGGCAUUCCAAAUGACGCGGACUGGUCAAUGAUGUAUCUCAGGGAGAAAGCUCAAGAGACUAGAGCACAGCUGAUCGAAAAUAAAGUGCAAGAAAAAUGGGACAAAGACCUCAGCCACCCGCCAAAACCCGUGGCAGCUGGUAGUCCCCAUAUCCCAGAGGCCACUAAAACCACAUCUAUAGGGCUUGACGGCUACAUGUCAGACAGCGACGAUGAUGACGAUGCAGCAAGCUUCCACACCACAGACUCCUCCACAAGCAUCCUCGGAAGCCUCGACAUCCUCUCCUUCAGCUGCACCACAUCCUCCACCCCCGGCCGCCUAAUAAUCUUCUCCGACGGCCUCCGCUUCCAGGCAAAAUCUCCCCUCUCAUCUACUCCUAAAGAAAUCUGGCGACGUCUCUGGUCCGAACUCGUCGAGCUCGAGAAAAUCGACCCUAAAACUGUCGGCAUAAAGUCUGAUGGCUUACAUCUUGCCUUUACAGAUGGAAUGACGGUGAAUUUGGAGCAUGUAAAGCAGAGGGAUAAAGCUUUUAAUUGCAUUAUUGGGUUUUCUGGCUUGAGGUUUCAGAUUGUGGCGCCGGGGGCUAGGACGGGGGUCGAUCAUGAGACGUUUGGGAGGGAUGGUGAGGAGUUUGGGUUUAAGAAUGGUUGAGAGACUGGGCUUGGGGGUGGUGUGUCAUUGUUGGUUUGUUCUUGUUCCUUGCGAUACCCCCGAAUGUAGUGCUUCCACUCUUUCUCUUUGAAUUUGGUUGACAUCGCGCCAUGUUUGACGAAGCUAUGGCCGUCCUUUUCCUGGUCAGUCACUUAAGAACUGCAGACGUAGUAUGUAAGCAGUAGUAU